UAGCGGCUCAGUCCGCGCGUGCUCGGCUGGGCGCCAACAUGAGAGGCUGGCAGACAGUGUGUAUUGUGGGUGUGGUCCUUACAGCGGCUGCGGUUGGGCAUGGCAGGACCGUGGCGGCCCAGAUACUGCAGUACACUGAGGCAGGACACUCCAGGAAUGAGGCGGGUGUUCCUGGCAACAAUGUCACAGGAGGGUGGAGCUGGGUGGACCAUCAUGGACAGCAGCACCACAUCUGGUACGUGGCAGACACCAGGGGCUUCAGGGCCUUCGGGGACUUGGUACCUAAAGCCGCGAAGCCCAUGAAUGUUGGCGUUCCUGUUGUGGUGGCCAUUCCACUUGCUUCCUUACAAGAGAAGACAACGAAGACUUCUGAUGUUCCCCAGCCAGUGGACAAACCCAGGGCAGAAAGAAAUCUUACUCCGGAGUUAUCCAAGGGAGGCGGUCAGGACAAGGAAAUGAAGACGGACUCAGCUACAAAAGCUGAAGUAUCAACUUUACCGCCGGUGACAAGCACCACGACUGACAUCCUAGACCUUGACACCACACUACUAAAAGAUGUUACCGAACAGCCAGAAACAAUAGCCAGUGCUGGAGAGGGAAGUGGGGACACCAUUAUCACUACCACCACUACCCCCUCCACCACCACCACCACCACCACCUCCACCACCACCACCACCACUACUGCUGCUACUCCUGCCAACACUGCUACAAGCAUUCCAGAAGCAGCUUCACAGAUUCCAGUCACGAGUUCAACACCGUGUACCACAACUGAACCUAUUGAGGAGCUUCCAAUCCCUCAACCUUUGAUAGACGAUAAGCAACAUGGCUCACCUAAAAGCCUAGCACCUUCUGAAUCAGGUUCUGCUGAUGAAAAAGCCCCAGAUCAGUUACCAGAUGCCAGCUUUCAUUCACCCAAACAAAGUACCGUCACACCAUCAGGUAACAAUUUCGUAGCAUCGGUGUUCAAUAAGCUCAGCACGGCACUAGGGGCGCCUGAUGACAACAUGCAAAAACCUCGCCUGCACCAAGAGCCUCAGAAUGGUUUGGAAAGCAUCACUCCUGAUCCUGAGCAACACUCCACGUCAGACUUUGUGUUAAUCAAUCGCCUACGAGCACCCACCAUCCCAAAGCCCCGGGUUGGCAGUCAGCAGCUGGUGCCGAAGCCCGUCAAUGUGAUGGGACGGACAGACUCUGUUGUGAUGGGGCUUCACUCUUCAGGCAGACCUUCCACCUCACGUCCCCUCACGCACACCACUGAAGAACUCAAGCCGUUGGGCAUUCACUUGCUAAAUUUGGUGCCCAUUCCAAAGAAGACUGCAAGUGCCAGCAGACCAGUGCCACGGCCAGUGCGGGUAGUUGGUGAACCAAAUUUAGAUAAUUUUUGGCGUCCGGCGGGUCUGGCGCGGACAACAGUCACCCCCUUCAGGCAACCACGCCCAAGCCGAGACUACGACUAUCAUUAUUAUGAUUACUAUGAUUAUAAUGAUUACAGAGGGGAAAACACGGGAGGGCCAGUGACUCCAACACAGAAAACUAAAUCCAAGACUGUUCGUAGUAACAGUGAAGAAUAUUCUUUAGAAACAGACUACUCAGAUAGUGAAGAGAGUGAGGACUCUAGUGACAAUCAGUAAUGCAUUUCUGUUUUAAGAAGGCAAUAUUAAUACUGGGUGUAAGUAGUGGUUCACUACAGCUCCUGAUGAAGUGCUAUCCAAGGAUGAAAAGAAAAGCAGUGAUCCCGGGGAGGGAGUACCAGGUACCAAGGGACAGGCAGCAGGAAGCAGGAGCAGAGCAGCGUGGCAACAAAAAAGUUAGGAAAUAUGAACAAUCACACAAAAAGUGAGGCUUCAGCCACAAUGAAGUACUUCUAGUUUCUUCAUAAUCAUGUAUCACGCAGGCAGGUCUGAGGGACUCCACAGCUUGGUGCACCCACUACUAAGCUAAGGUUUGGUGCCAAUCCAUAUUCAAUCAACAUAUUACAAAGCAUUUUCCUGAUAGCAAAUCAGGGAUACACACAGUCAAGGUUCUGCACUGCCAGAGUGUAUUGUAUUAGUGGGAAAGAUUGUUUGAUUUGAAUACUGUACCAAUAACUUUAUAGAGUAGCGUUUUAAUGUAGGAAGACUGUAAAGAUAAUCACGUGCACAGUAGCAUCUUGUUACUCGCACACCAUUUCAUAAGCUUUCCACUGAGAUGAACAAACUUUCAUUUGUGAUUAGGUAUGCAUGUUGUAUUGUGCUAUUUCUAAGCAACAAAACUAUAGUUUUACCAUGUAAAUGAAAACAUGAAUAGAGUCCUUACACAGUUAUAUGUAUUAUAAUGCUCAGGACAAAACCAUAUUGAAAAUGUAUAAAGCUGUUAGUCAACAUAGCCCCAUGAAUGUUGUUUGAAAAGAAUAACUGUACUUUACUUUGUCUCGGCUGUCUCCUUUGUGGAAAUAUCAACCUACUUAAAUCAUUUUACUAAAAUAUGUACCUACUCUGUCAAAUAUUUUAUCAUAUGUACAUCAUUCUUUUUUAGCCUCUUUGAAAACAAGUAUGUACUAUACAGUGCCACGAUAAAUGUCAUAAUUUG